GGUGACAGACGUGUUUGUUUGUAAACAAAUAGGCAAGGGAAAUAGGCCACUCGAACUUGCACAAUGUCAUGGAAAGAAACAGAGUUUAAAAAAUAUGCAACUGAAUACGACCCUAUCAAAAUCGGUUCCAUUGAUGUUAUUGUAUGUCGGGACUCAGGUACAGACACAGAGCCACACGAUCGCGCCAUUCUCCGGGCGUUACACUCAGAAUAUAUUCCUAACAAGCAGGUGAAAGGUGAUCCUCACCAUACUCUGUUUGUGGCCCGGUUAAAUCCCCGGACUUCACAGGAGACAGUGCAAACAGAAUUUAUGAAGUUUGGCAAAAUUCUACAUUGCCGUUUGGUAAAAGAUAUUGUGACAGGAAAGUCGAAACAAUAUGCGUUUGUUGAAUUCGAGAGUUCCAGUAGCAUGGAGACAGCUCUGCAGGAGAUGCAUAAGGAGUACAUUGACGGGGCUGAGAUACUAGUGGAGCGAGAGGCGGAGAGGCGGCUGGAGGGCUGGAAGCCGCGGCGGCUUGGCGGGGGCUUUGGCGGGCGCAAGGAGUCUGGCCAGCUGCGCUUCGGCUGCCGCGAUCGUCCCUUUCGAAGGCCCAUUAUUAUUUAAAAGAUGAUCAGAGAUAAUUUUAACUGUGUAAUAUUAUAUAUUAUUUAUUACUAUAUUAUAUUAUAAAUCUUCAAUAAAAAUACAUAUAUGUAUAGCUGACAACGAGUGGGUGUGUUGUGUAUACUAUACACCUCUGCCAACCGCGUCAGGAAUACAGGCAUGAUGUAUUCUAUGUUAUGUUAAAAAAAUAAUUUGUUCGAAAACCUCGCAAAACGCUGGCGUGUCGUCAGCAUAGCAUCAUGAGGUCUCCAUAUUUUAUCUCUCGUAUUUUUUACACUAGGGGCAGUGUGUGCGUGUAGGGGUCGUUCUAUGUUAACAUAACAUAAACUUCACAACGUUCACGUUCACCGUAAACGUUCUAUGUUAAAUAAAUAAAUAAAUAUGUUGCG